AUGAGGAGCACCGAAGAGGAGGAGGAGGAGGAGGAUGAAGAUCUUCCUUUGCAGAUAAUAAAUCUCUCAAGUCCAGGGUCUCUGCUGCCGCUAGAUUUCCGCCGGGAGUGGGGGUCUGCGUCCCUCGUCGACGAUCCACAGGCAGCGGGGGGCUUCCAGCAAGGCCGGCCGACCAUCACUCGACAUGGAGCGGCCAGGAGGAGGACGAGGAGUCGGCGCGUCUUCUUCUUCUUCUCCUUCUCGUCGUUUCCCGCCACUGCCGCGUCAGAGGCUGUCAGCAUGGAGACGCAUGUGGAGCAGAUGUACAUCUACAUCUACAUCUACAUCUACAUCUACACCUACAUCUGUCCACUCUGCAGCCUGCUUGCAAAGAGGGGCCACGGCGCGUGCGCGCGCCUCCGCUGCAGCAAUGGAGGAUCUCUGCUGGCAAAAUGUUCAACAAUUUUAAUUGGCUUGGUGAGAGCCGAGGGGGCGGGGCAGAAGGGAGCAUCGCUGCAUGAGGCCUUGACCCGCUAUGCCUCAGACACGCUCCUCCUCAUGGCCACAGUGGGACGAUUCUGCAAAAGUCUGUCCGAAUGGACCCUGAGGCGGGACAAUGAGUUAAACACUAUGAUGGACAUCAGCAAGAGAGUGCAGCUGAAGCUCAGCAAGGACGUGAUGGCCUACGCCAAGAGCAACAUGGCUCCGGAGAGCAGGCGAGUUGCGCUGGACGAGCUGGCGGAGGUGCUGACGGACGUCACGCUCGGCCUGGAGGAACUGGAGGUCUUUGUGGAGGCGGUGGAGAGGCUGGCGGUCACCACACCGCACGUCUACAAGGACGAGUUGUUCAAAACGCCCGACGGCGUCAGCUGCGGUGACGUGGAGCUCGCUAUCGGAACAGCGUGUCGGGCCUGCCCGCUCGCCAUCGCGUUUAAGAGAGACGCAAAAGUCUUCUUCCUGCCUGCGCUGGACAACGUGCAGGUGCUGAUCUACGUGUUGGACAAAUACGUCCAGACUGCACUCAGCAUGUGUCUCUUAUUGAACAAAAACAACUUCUGUCUCAACAUGGCCCUGAAGAUGACGUUGGACCUAGGAGUGGAGCUCCUAGUGGACGUGUCUGCAGACCAGAGGACGCUUCACCACAUCACCACCCGUGACCACCUCAGGAAGGACGCCAACUUCCGGCUGGUCUUCAUGCUGCAGGACGAGGCCAGUCGUCGCUUCAUCAUGGAGUUCAGCCAACGGCGUCCCAGGAUGCUUCAGCUUCUGAACCAACUGGACCAGUGCGCCCUGGAGUUGGUCAGGAUGAACAAAGCCCAAAAAAUCUCCAGCGUUGUGGGCAACUCGGUGGGCGUGGUCAGCGGCGCGCUGUCCAUCGCCGGUCUUGCAUUGUCCCCCUUUUCUGCCGGGACAUCUCUGACUUUGAGCAUGGCCGCGCUGGACCUCGGACUCUCCGCUUGGGUCAACUGUGCCGUGGUUUCGGCCACAGGUAUCAGAGUCAACCAGAGACACAAUAAGAAUGCCAAUGAGGCGUUUGAGAGCUUCAUGGAGGAAGUCAAGUGUCUGGAAGAUGCCACUAGUGAAGCAGGUCAACUGAACGCGGCUGUCAGCGAAGUUCUUUGUGAGACGGACGCCGCCAUCCCUUCUAGGCUGCUCAACAACCACAGAGUGAUUACGAGGGUCGGCAAAGUGGUGGUCCAGGGUGGAAAAGCUUUUCGAAAUGUCCACAAGAUGGUGGCGGACGUCAACAAAGUGAGUCAGGCGACCACCAGAGGGUUCCUGCUUGCGUCACGCACGGCCAAGGCCAGCCUCAUCCCGCUCAACGGGGUCUUCAUCGGCAUCGACAUCUUCAUCAUUUGCAUGGACAGCAUCGCUCUCGUCCAAGGAUGCCACACUUAAGUGUCCCGUUUCAUCCGAGCAAGAAGCACCCUAUGGCGCCAGGAGAUGGACGCUUGGCAGAGGAUGUCAGACUCGUUGGUCUAAGGCUUGGCAUCCAUGGAGGAUCAGGCCUUGAUAGAGGCAGAGUUUUACCACCGAGAGGAGGAAGAUAGGCAACAUUGUGUCAUUCAGUAG